GGCCCGGCGUCCCUCGGACCAUCUUUCAUCCAGUACUGGCCUAUUCCGGAUUCCUUCACCCGCCAGAUGGUUUCUCAUCGUCCACCCACCCCGCCACUGAUUGUCGCUCUCAUGCUCUGUCACGACUUUUAGCCGAUGCGGCCCACUGAUCUCUCGGUCUUGUCCACUUCAGUGAGGAAGCGCCGACACCAUUUCGCCACUUGCCGCGAAUAGCACCAACUUCUGAGACUUCUGCGCCCUUCUCCUUGUGCCCCAAACCUGCUAUUGUCACCCGAGCCUUGAGGCUCGUUCGUGGGAUGGUACCGGUCUUUGUGCGGAGUCUCUUGUCUCAGAUGCUCUGCCUCGUGUGCAGAAACGCUCUCACCCUCCUCCCCCGUUACCCUUCUCAUGUGCGCGUAUCGACCCCCGGGACUCGCAGGGGCAUCCGCCCCGCCUUGUCCGUUCUUCCUGAAAAACGCAUGCACGUUCGGCGACAAAUGUCGCAAAUCCCAUACGCUCCGCUCUUCCACUCCCCUCGCUAGUCGCGUCCUAUCCCAGACCAACGAAGCCCCAGCUGCGCUCCCAUGCCCCCAUUUCUUACGCGGGGUGUGUCGUUUUGGCGAUCUGUGCACCAAAUCGCACGCCGACCUGCUGAGCUCGACGGCGGCGCCCCCGGAGGUGUGCAUACACCAUCUGCGCGGGGCGUGUCGCUUCGGCGAGCGGUGCUUAAGAUUGCAUGCGGUGCCCAUGUGGGCACCAUCCCCUACCGCUGAAGUCACGACGUCGAAGUCUCCUUGCCAGUUCUUCGCAAGGGGGAGUUGUAUGAAAGGGACGAAAUGCACGUUUUUGCAUGCUGCUCCUGCUGCUGCUGUGGCCCGUGAGAAUGAAGGUGCUGAGGUGUUGAAUUGGAGAGUGGGCCCUGCCCUGUUGGGGCCCAAUCUCACUCCCGAUCCUGAUCCCAGCUCCAGUCCUCAUCCUCCCAUUUCCAAUCGCACCACAUCGCCCUCUGGGUCCACGCAUCCGGAUGCCAUCAGCUCCGACCUGACACACGAAACCACCGAACGCGUGUUGUACAAUUGCAGCGUCACAUUCGGCGCAGGCGGCUCGGUCACUCAGGUGGUCACGCCUUUCGAUGCCUGUCGCAUCAGAGUCUCCGGGAUCCCUUCGCUCACCGACGCAGAGAUUUCGGCUCAAAUCGCAACGGUGUUGGCGAAUCACGGCGGUGCACAACUGCAAAUACAAUGGUUCGGAGCUGACGCGCAUCCGAUUGCGAUUGCAGACUUUACCAACCCCGCUGCCGCCGCGGCAGCCGUCGGGGAACUUGAAAGGAUCACAUUCGGGGAGGUGGAGGGUGGGACUAACCUGGUGUGCGCAUUGGAGAGAACGGGGGCAAAGUUGUCGGUGGCGGGCGGUGCUGAGGAGAGAGGAUUCUUCCGGGGCCGAAAAGUCAAGCUGACGUGGUAUGGACGACGGAUGUCUGCGUUUGCGAACUACUCGUCCGACGCUACGGCAAAGAACAAGUGCGAAGAGCUGCACGGCAAGGUUUAUUGUGGCCAUACGAUUUCUGCGACGUACCGGCCCAUUCAGGCUGUCGCUCGCCGAAUUCGAGGAGGGAUGUUUUCCAGUGUGAUCUCCGUCCCUUCUCGCUCGUUCACCGUGAUGCUACGCAACCUGCCGAUGGACGUCGACGAGCGAUCGCUGAAGUGCUUCUGUGAUGCCGACAGCGUUGGAUUUGAUCCUCCACGAUGCCCAGAAAACGUGCACUACGAACUGAUGGAUGUGCUGGAGCGGUUCGGGGCCGUCGAUACCCUGGACGUCUUGCCGAUGACGAAGACGAGCUCGAAGGUGUCUGCGUUUGCCCAGUUCCACACUGAAGCGGGUACCACCGCCGCUGAAGCCGGUUUGCGUCCCAACCCGCCCGCGUUCUUCGGCAAAUCGCCCUUCUUCAUCGAGCGCACUCUGUCCGUCAAAUACAACCGGAUCCCCGCGACUCUGUUCGCCAAAAUCCGCGGGCCGGUGGAUUUGCUGGCGGGUGUGUAUCCUGAGAUGAUCAAGUACUAUCUCGGAGAAGCGGAGCACUCGGAUCCGGUUGUCCUGGUCCUGCAUAGCACCGACUCGAAGCGACUUGCUAAGGUCAAGAGCGAGGUGGACCGGAUCGUGCAGGGAGAGCUGCUCAUCCAAGACGGAUCCAAGUUCUGGGUCCCUUUCUUCGAGACACAGACCGGACUCCAGUUCAUCGAGGACAUGUACCUCCACCACGGUGUCUUCGUUCGAUGUGACCCGCGGACCCGCACUGCUCGGAUGUUCGGAUCUGAGGAAGAAAGGGCUCGCGCACGCAAGUUGAUUGAGCAGAAAGUCGCAAAACUGAAAGCGCAGAGACACGAGAUUCCGCUGAAACGCGAGUUGAUUCGGAUCCUUCUCAGGGGCGACCUGAAGCAGCUGCAGACUGCCGUGGACCCGCAACAGGAACGACUCGUUCUCGAUGUCGUCGCUCUCAAGAUCAUGCUUGAUGGAGGACCCAUCUUGGACCUCAGCUGCCCCGUGUGUCUCUGCGACAUAGAGGAUGCGGUGCAGCUCGAUUGCGGACAUGCCUACUGUCGGACCUGCAUCCAACAUUACAUCAAGCCCGCAAGCGGCACUGAAUUUACUCCUCGGCUUUGCGUCGCAGGGAGCUUUUCUGACGGCGGCAAAUCGAUCCCAUGCAGCCACGCCAUACCGUACCGAACGAUCCGGUCUCUGCUCGAUGCAGGCGCCGAAGACGAGCUUCUUCUGACCUCGUUUCUGACACACAUCAACACUCAUCCGCAACAAUUCCAGUACUGUCCGUCGGCCGACUGCCAGAUGGUCUACCCGAUCGGGAUCGACUCGGACGAGGAGAACGCAGCGAUCCAAUGUCCGUCGUGUCUCGCGCGCAUCUGCACCACCUGCAAAAUCGAGUGGCACGAUGACCUCACCUGCGCCGAACACAAAGACAAUCUCACCGGCAACACCGCUCUGCUGAAUCAGUGGCGAGCCGAGCACGAGGUCAAGCAGUGCCCGAACUGCCAUGCUGAUAUCGAGAAGGACGGGGGCUGCAAUCACAUGCAGUGUGUGCUUUGUCGGACGCACAUUUGCUGGAUUUGUAUGGAGACUUUCCGCGAUGGAGAUGGGAAACUGGGUAUCUAUCCCCAUCUGAGAAGAGUCCAUGGCGGUCACGGGGGUUAG